GAGUCCGUUGCGCGCGGAUCGCUUCUUCCAGAACACGUCGCGUUCGUUCCCUCCAGGUCGUCCAGGUUGACGUCGUCGUUUAGCCGAGAGAGCUUAGCCGUAUUUCGGACAUUUUUUUUGCAGUUUUUCUGCAAUCGUGAGUGUGUGUCUGUGUGUGGUUUUUAUCGCUUAUUUUCGCGACGACCCAAAAGAUUGCCGGCCGGCCGGCUUGCAGUAACGACCGGUAAUCGAUACAUAUCCAAGAACCGGCUUUCGUGGUGGAGUUCGCGAUCGUUAUCUCUUCAACGUCCGAAAUCGUCGACGACGAUGCAGUUCCUUCGUCACAGGCAGCAGAAUCAGUCGCAGCAGCAGCAGAAUCGGUAGAAGAAGAGUCGAUAACGACUACGGACUGCUGGUUCAGCGGACACCGGACAGCUCUCCAGCGGCGAAGCCUCCGGCUUUGGAAUUCAUUUGAAUAAUUUGAAUUCGGGUGACGGGAAGUGAUAUUUAUUACCUGAGCCACGGUUGGUGUGGCGAAGAUGAUGCAGUCUUCCUUGUACGGAUCGUGAGAAUAUAUCUCUCCUCGAAAAAAAGUGUGGAUUUGCGUGGAUCCAAAAGCGAAGGGAGAGUGAGGAAGGAAACCUCUUGAGCCAAAUCAAAGAAUUUGGCGCUUCGUUUGAAUUGUGUAGUGUGUGGAGUUCAGUUCUCCCUAACCUCGUCCAAGAUUUGUUUUGUGUUGAGUUCGGAAAACGGCUAAUUCCUCGAGGAAAAUAAUUGAAUUAGCGUGAGUGAAUAAGUGAGAUAAUGCUAUAAUCAAGCCAAAUAGAGCUUGAUUAUAAUUAUUUUGAAAAGUUUUUUUUUUCGGUGAGAAAUCCUCACCGCCAAAAAGUGUAUGUGUGUGGCUGUAGUGGCGGGGGAGAGUGAUUUUCCAAUCCAUUCAAUCAAAAUAUAAUAAAGCGCGCCCCAACAAAGCAAAGGUAAAGUUCGCGCGCCCAGUGAAACCAUAGAUAUGGGCAAAUUAAGCAAUUACCUGCCAGUGCUGGUGGCGUUAGUGUUGGUGGUGGCCGCCGUAGGAGUAGAAGCGGCGACGGCCAUCGAACCGGUCCGGCACAAGUGGACCCGGUCGGAGAUUAUGGAUGCCAACGGAUUGUAUCUGCUCGAGUGGAAGGUCGACCACAAGGACAUCGUGUUCACGGUGACCGUGAAUACCAGAGGAUUUAUAGGGCUGGGAUUUUCGCACAAGUCGGAGCGGAUGAGCGGAUCGGACCUGGUGCUGGCCUGGGUUGACGAUCGCACCGGGAAGCCGAGUGUGCUGGACUGCCACGGUGGCAAGGACGGUCGCCGAGCGCCGGUUCAGGACGACACCCAGAAUUACCACGUGGAAAGCGGAUACCAGAACCUGACGCACACCACCGUCACGUUCCGGCGGGCGCUCGAGACGUGCGAUCCGCACGAUGUGAUUAUUGGGGUGGACACGAUGAAGGUCCUGUGGUCGUACGGCGAUCGCGACCCCGUCCACGGCGAGUUGAAGGAUCACGGCAAGAAUCGGGGCGCCCGAUCAAUUCACUUCCUCGGACCGAUGUUCAAAAAGAGCGCCGAUCCGGCCCUGCGGCACGAAAUUCGCCAGUGGGACGUCACUGUCAAGAACGUGUCGAUCGACGCCAGCAUGGACACGCUGUACUGGUGCAAGAUCCUGAAGGCACCGACGCUGCGCGAGAAGCAUCACAUCGUCGGCUACGAGGCGAUCUUGACGCGGGAGAGUUCCACCAAGCAACCCCUCGUCCACCACAUGACCCUGUUCGAGUGCUCGCCCAACUCCUACCCAGGUUCGGACCCCAACUCGUGGGACGUUUGGGUCAAGAGUAGCGGUGCUGUUUGCAACAGCAAUCUGCUCACACCCCGCGACUGGGACUCGUGCAUCACUCCGGUAGCUACGUGGGGCAUUGGCGCUUCCGGUCAGUUCCUGCCUGAACACAUCGGGAUCCCGAUUGGCGGCAACAAGGGCGGUGCCAAGUACUACAUGUUGGAGGUUCACUACGACAAUCCGCGCGCGAAGCGUGUUCUGGACCAUUCCGGAUUCCGAAUGCACUACACGCGCCACGUUCGGCAGCACGACGCCGGAAUGAUGAUCUCCGGAGUUUCUAUUUCGGACACCGAGAUGAUUCCACCGGGCCAGAAGUUGUACCGGAAUGUGGGGAUCUGUGGACCUUCCUGUACGGGAGCGGUGUUUCCGGAGAACGGGAUUAACAUUGUGUCAGCGGCUCUGCAUUCGCACGUGGCUGGCAGGAAGAUGAAGCUGAGACAUGUUAGGGAUGGCAAGGAACUGCCGAGGAUCGUCGAGGACGACAACUACGACCACAACUUCCAGCAGAUCCGACAGCUGGAGAACGAGACUUCGGUGCUGCCCGGGGACUAUCUGAUUACGGAUUGCGCGUAUGAGACCAUCGGCCGGAAGCGACCCACUCUCGGCGGGUAUUCCACCAAGCAGGAGAUGUGCCUCUCUUUCAUAACGUACUACCCGAAGAUUGACCUGGCCGGGUGCUACAGCAUGACCCCGGUCAAGGAGUUCUUCGAAACGUUUGGCGUGUUUGGGUUCUACUCGAUGAACAUGACCGACGUGGAGAACCUGUUUCUGUACAACGGGAACAUCCUGGACCUGCUCCCCACGACCGUGUUCCCCAACUUUGCCCCCGGCGGUGACGUGGACGACGAGCAGAACCAGAUCGCCAUCCGGGCGCUGCAGAACGCCAAAGAGUACAGCAUCGUGGACGAGGAGGACAUUCUGUACAAGGAGUCGAUUCUCAACAAGCUGAUCAUCUCCGACCCCGUCGAGUUCCACGAUCGGACGUUCCUGUCCCACCUGAACCAGCUGCCCUGGCAGGAACCGCUCUUUACGAGGCGCGUCGAGCAGAGCAUCCUCACCGGGAAGCACAUGACGUUCUGCAGGGUGUCCAACGAGUCGAUUUCAGUGGCUGCGGAAAUCUUCAAGUAUCCGACGUUCGACGCGUUCGUGAAGCCACCCAGUCACUGUCCGUACCACCUGUUUAUGGAGUUCAACCAGGCGUCGGAAGCCCGUAAGCUGUCCACCACGAAGGCGCUGAUACUUUUGCUGGUGGUGUUCUUUGUGAGGCGAUUCUGCUGAGAAGAAUGUGGACUUUUUCAUGUUUGUGAAACACUUUAUUAUUUUGUCUGACCUUAAUUUAUUGUUAGAAUAUUUAACUUCUACUCUAAGAAUAAUAUAAUGUUCUAUUUAUUUAUCUUUUAUUCCCUAAACUAUUUGAAGCGAAACACUUGCUUAUAUAUCUACUCUUGAUUUGUUGCCCUAAGGUAACUCUUGUAUUUAAUUUGAAUUCUAUUCGUUUUAUUCUUUUCUUUUAAAAAUCUGCUAGGGAAAAAUGUAUGCCAAAGUGAAACGUUUAUCGAUAAUUUCGUAAUUAUUCUUAAUUUCAAGUAAUUAUAAAUUUAAGUACAAUGUUAAAUGUAAUUGUUGAAUAAAAAUAUCUGAUCUCUCUCAUAACAUAUCACAAAUAAUUAUGAACAGAGUAUGAAAGUAAAAUAAAAUAAAAUGUCAUCACAAAGGUGUAUCUGUUAAGUCUACUGGUAAAAAUAGUUCUGUAGUUUUAAUUUUAAGCAUUUAUAUUUAAAUGUAAAUAAAACUAACGCUUGUCACUGUAUCAUUACAAUAAUGAACUAAAACUUUUCUGAAAACAAAAAUAAGAUGCUAGUAAAGAGUGUAUCGAAAAAUUACCGAAAAGUGUCUGUU